UCCAAUGCAGGGCAGUUUCAAGAUCCAGCUCAUCAACAUGGGAACUCGGGCGGCGGCAUUUACAGCAAAAAUCCGCAGCCUGUACGACGCCCAGCUGCGGCUGCAACACAACAUACAGCCGUUGCCCCUCGGCACUGACAUCGCCAAUACCGUCAAGUACUUCUCGCAGACAUUACUCAGCGUCCUCAAAGAUGUACCCCGCUCUCCAUUGGAGAUGCUGCGAGAUGCGGACAAUGACGGUGAGAGGAUGGGCCUGUAUCCCAACCUGGACUACAAGAGCCUGUUCAACGCCCUCUCGGGGCUCGUCGAUUCGACGCCACAUCUGCAGUAUGGGACGCUGCCAUUCGGGCAAGCCAUCCUACAAUGUCUGGGUUGCUUGCUGCCCUUCUUGGAGUACGACAUGAUAGACAACCUUCCAUUCCUGGUGGCCUAUUGUGUCGCCAUGUUCCCCGUGGCCCUGCAUCAGGAGAUUUUGCAUCUGCUGUCUUAUUACAUCCUGCCGUUUACUAUCACUCGCAAGUAUGCGGGAAUGGAGGAAGAGAGUCAGGCGUCUCAAUCUGUGGCUGCCAUUAUCAUGAUGGUGUUCCAGCACUCCAAUAAUCCAGCGCAUCACUGCCAGCUCCUAGAAUGCCUGAUGUCGAUGAAGCAGUGGGUGGUGAAGGACAUCCUGUGCGUGAUCGCGUACGGCACGUGGGGCGCGCGACUGUCCGCUGCCAAGCUGUUGUUCUACUACUGGCCGCCAUUCGACGCCAAGCUGUUCGAUCGGAAGGGGCUGCUCUGCAAGUUUUCCAACGACCUGGUCCCGUUCCUGUGCCAGCGCGACAUGUGUCCCAACGCGGGCAGUGCGGAGGCCGCCAAGGUCUGCUACGACCACUGCAUCAGUGUCACCUUCGCGUCCGACAGUCCGCCGCCACUGUAUCUUUGCAUCGAGUGCGCUAAUGAGAUACAUCGGGAACAUCCCAACCAGCGCUUCUUCGACAUCCUACACCCUCAACAACAAGUGUCAAUGGUCUGUGAGAACAAGAACUGCCGGUCGACCGACAAGGCGGCGUAUUCUAUCUGUUUCUCCAACGAGUGCGCCAGUUACAACGGGAACCAUCCCAUCAGGUACUGCCAGCAGUGCCACGGCAACCGUCACAACAGCCGGCGCGGCGGGGACCACGUCGUCCACACGCGCCUGCCGCCCGCCUGGCAGAUGGACAGCGACAUGCAGACCAACCUCGUCGAGGCCAUCAUCAGCCUCCUGAAAGAAGCUAAGCCAAUCAACAUGGAAGACCCUGACAGUUCCACGGAGCAGCUGAAGCCUCCGCUCAGCGUAGACUUGCCUGAUCCCAUCUCUGUAGAAGAUAGACAGCUGCUCGGCAGAUAUGGAGUAUGGCUGAUGGUGGGUUUGUGUACUCCAAACCCUGACACUCCUGACGAGAUCCUGGGACGUCUGCUGUCUGUACUGUUCCACUGGUUCCAUGUUACUUCCUUUUCUUAUACGGGUGAGACGGCGAGUGCGGUGGAGAAGCUGAAGAUAGAGCACGUGUGCGGCUGGGUGCGCGACAUCGCGGAGUCGCACCGCGCCGUGCUCGUGGCGUGUCUACUGCCGCACCCGCCGCACUACACGCGCCAGGCCGGCCACUGGGACAACCUCGCCUCCAAGGCGCACCACCUCAAGGACGGACUCAACAGACUGUACUGCCUGAUCCCGUACGGUAUCAUCACGCAGUCCAUCUGGGACUUCAUCAUGCCAGCAUGGAUGGAAGCUAUCUGUACUGACGUACCAGAAAAGGAACUAAUGGAGCUGAAAGUGCCUCUCGGUAAGAUCUUAGAGCCCGAAGGUGCAAUGGUUGGCGUUGAUGAGAAAAAUCUAUAUAAGUUCGCAGUGCUCAAGGUCACUGAUACUCCUACACCUGAUACUGUCCUACCUGUGCUGGAGUGGUUCCAGACUAUAUCGAUGUUGGACGUCCGCAUUCCAUUGAACCAGCUGUUCGAUCUGUUCAGUCACUGCGUCGUCAACCUGCCGGAGAAGAUAUUUAAACCACCUACUAUAGAUGGCUCUAAGCCUAAAGACUCUAAGGACUCCCCCAGUAACACAGACAAGGACAAGAAGGACAAGGACGAUCAGAUGAAGCCACAGAACCUCACCUGCUGUAUACUUAUGCUGGAUAUACUGCUCAAACAGAUGGAGCUACAACAGCGUCGUAUAAACAGUCAGAAUGUAAGCAGUGAGGCCACCAAGCUACUGCGACUCAUGCUGAAGUCCAACCAGACCAACACUAUUGAGCAUGCGGUAUGCCAGGCGGAGGGAGCGUGUUCGUACUGCGAGGCGGCCGCGCUGUGGCAUCAACUGGCUGUACUACUCGUCAGGGCACUCGUUCCUGAUAGACCCAAGCCUAUGACGGAGGCGUCCGUGGAGGACCUGUGGGCGGAGCCGUGCCACAAGAAGGCUGCGUCGGAGGAGGAGCGCAGUAAGUCUGGCGGCACGCCGGGCGCGGACGGGCUGCUGGCGCUGGCGCAGCCGCUGUCGGAGCGCGCCACGGCCGUCGGCGGCGUGCUCGUGCACAUGCCGCAUUUUGUUCAUUUCAUGCAACUCUCUCUCAUAAGCGACGUGGGCUCGGAUGCCACGAUCACUAAAUCUUCGGGCGACACACAAAUAAUGACGGCGACGGUGGAGACCAUCACGGAGCAGUUGGACAUGGCGGUGUCGCUGCCGCCGGCCGACGCGCCCGCCACCGCGCACGCCGUCACGCUCACCGACACCGACGUCGCCACCGCCACCGCCGACGUAUCAACUCCAAACCUACUAGGUGACCAUGAGAAUAUGGCAGAAUCAGUUGAAGAUGACAUGACGAACUUCUGGCCAACAUCUGCCGGCAAGUUCCACUUCUGUAUUGAAGAACUGCCUCAAGAGUUGCAGUACAUUCAUCAGUUAUUACAGGAGCUGAAAAGCACUUCUCGUCCGGACGUGUUGUACCAUCUCCUACAAUGUCUGCAAGUACUAGUACUGAGUACUGAUGCUCUGGCAGACCAUCGGGGCUUCCUCAUUUGGUGUCAGGAGAACCUGCUUAUUGACAAUCUAUGGAACGUAUGCAACGCGUCCCACUCGCACAUAUGUUCGGUGGCGGUGCCAGUACUGCUGCACUGCGUCACCCUGGCGGGGGGAGCUGAUGUCUUCUGUAACCUCAUCCGGGACCAGUUCCAUCAUCACGACUACCAUGUACGGUUCACGGCUGUGGAACGAGUCACUAUUAUUAUUAGGUUCAUGGACGGCUCCCCAGUGAAGACGAGUCUCCCGCUGCAGACGGCGCUGGCGACGGCAUUCUGCUACCUGAUCUCCAGCAUGGACGACAUCAACGUGUACGUGGCCCAGCGCGCCACCCUCUACAUCGGCACUGUCCACGACAACGCCAUCGAUUUACUCCUAUACUGCCUGGAGACGCAGUUCGACCUGGUGAUAGUGGAUCGUCCAAUGAUCCUCCAGUCUAUCUACCAGCUCCACAACACGCUCAGUGACCGCAAGAUCCUCACUUGGGAGUUCUUCCUGAACAGAUUUGAAGCCCUCUUCCUGGAAGCACAGAUCAAUUCUAACAAGACUAUUGACUUCUCUAAUUUGAGAGAACUAGUAAGCAGCGAGACCAGUUCAGAAUGGUUCCUGUACAAAGUGCGGCGUGCCCACGAAGCGCUCAGCGUGUCGGCGCGGGACACCAACGUCAACACGCUCAGCGCCUCCUUCGGGACCAAGUGGCCUUAUAAACGGACCAUAUCCGCACCGGCCACUAUGCCGCCGCAUCCCGAUACUAGACACGAACGCGAGAAGGUAUACUCGCGCCAGUAUUCUGCGCCCCUGCUGAAGCGGAAGACGUCCCGCUUCGGUCUGGGGCAACUACUGGCCGCGCCGCAACCACUCGGCACUGCGCAGCGGUCCAAUAAUACACAUGAUGGGUUCCACUCAAUGUCGGGUCGGUCAGAGGACACACUGACCACUAUCCUACCGAAAGCUGUGGAUCUCGAGGAGGCUGACCGAGAGACCACUAACUUGUUGGUGUUCCUACUCAUGCAGUUCUUGUCCAGGUCCGACCAAGCCCAUCCCAUGGAAGACAAGCAGUCCUCCAAGACCCAGGAGUUGGUACUGAAGCACUUGUUCCUGUUGCUCGGCUACAACUGCGUCGAGAAAUACUUUCAUAUCUCACCGUUUACAUUGCGACAAUCGUCGAUUUUCAACGCGUUCAUGGCGAACUUACCUCAAGUGUUGGACCAGAACCACGUGAUGGGCGCCAGCAUCGCCGAGCCGACCUUACUCUUACUGCAGUACUGCUGCGGCGGCGCGGGCGGCGGGGCGGGCGCCGGCAGCCCGCAGUCGCUGGCCGCGCUGCAGCCGCAUGUACGCCGGCACUGGCUCAUGGCGCUGCUCGUCGUGCUCUACAAGUACCACUACGGCACGGGUAGUACAGUGGGUCUGGUGGCGGCACUAGUGCGAGUAGUACUGAAUUCAGUGGAGGCACAGUACCACGCCUGCAAGAGGAUCCCACCCAUGCUCGUCAUGCCCAGCGCUGCCAGGGCUAGAGACCUAAGCCAACCAUCUCUAAAGACGGAGCACGAGGCCGCGGGCGCGGAGCGGGCGGGCGGCAGCCCCCUGCCGGCGCCGGACCGCACCAAGCCCAAGCUGCACCACAAGUCCCCCGCACACAUGCACACGCACUGGGAGGAACCCACCAACUCUAACAAGUACCAGCAGUGGAGUCUGGAGCAGGAGUCUUCAGAGAGCGAGUUGAUAGCGAUCCCGGAGACUAGUGACAAGUCGGAUACCACUGUUCAUGGCAGUACUGCACCGGGUUCAUUCGACGAGCCGUCCCACUACGAGGACCCCCCAAAGGUAGAAACGCCCGCCACUACAACCGCUUACCCGCCGCUCAGUAAAAUCCCAACCCUGGGCUCCCGUUCAGCACAUCAGCUGUCGACCAGCUCAUCAGUCUCCAUCGGCAGCGACUCCUCGAACCUAAAGUCAACACCUAUGAGCGGUCAGUCAGUGGAGAUCUGGCCCGAUCAGAUACAUCAGCAGACGUCACCGCGUGCCAAGAUAUUGGGUAAACAGAAGAGAAUUAUUGUGGGCAGUAGUACGUCUCCGGACACGGCACCCUCUUCUAAUGGAGACGGUCAGUUCGGACAAUGGCCACAUGCACGAUCUCCUCCACAGCAUCACAUCAAAAGUCCAGGUACCUAUUUAUUUGUAGCUAAGAACGUUGGGUAUGCGUAUGCGUCGCCGGAGUCUCCUCUAUCCAAGAUGGAGGUUGCAUGGAACGCUCCCCCUCCUACAAUGCAACAACAUUCACACCAGCCCUUCCAUAUACCACCACCUGAGCGGUUGUUACCAAUCGGUCCCAAGCCCAACAAGGAGCAGUAUCCAGUUUUCAACGCCCUAGUGGACCGAGUCAGAGAGGCAUUGAGUUUGCCACCAGAUGAUUCAACAGACAACACUGGGUCCUCUCGGUCUGACGGCGACGCUACUCCCACGCCUACGCCCACCAGCAGGCCCCACGACUUGAAUAAGAAAUCUUCUGAAAGUACUAGGUCACCGCGUCGGUUAGCAAGACAAGUGGCGCAAACUGGAUCGCCGCCGCACCAACACACUGCUGAGUGUGUGGGCUGCGCCGGCUGCGGGGGGUGGUGGGAGGGGGAGUCCCGCGCCGGCAAGCGAGCUGCGCAUGCGCACGCCGCGCCGCAUCGACCUGACCACGAACUGUGCUACCGCUGCGCGGAGUGCGGCACGGCGGUGGAGCAGUACAGCGACGAGGAGCUGGGCCUGUGCAUCAUAGUGCUGGCCACCUUCGUCCACAGGGAGCCGGCCGCCGCCGCCGCCAUGCUGCCGGCACUGCUGCAUAACGUCAGCAGAGUGGUCCAGCUGGGCAACUACUCGUGGCAGGCGGAGACCAACACGCGCCUGCCGGGCAGCGCGGUGUUCGUGGCGCACCAGUUCCUGCGCUGCGUGCUGCACCAGCUCGCGCCCAACAACGUCUUCCUGCAGAUCUUCCUGCAGCGGACGCCAGAGAAACAAAGGCAAAUGUUCUUCAAGAGCAUUGCGCAGGCGUUUGUGGACUUCAACGAGCUGUAUCCAUGCGGACCGCUACAACUGGUCGUGGAACAUCUCAACUCGAAGAAAACUUUACCUGUCGACCAAAUGGGAGUGAUAGCGGGCAACAUCGCGAUGUACCUGGAGUGCCUGGCGCCCGAGGCGCUGGGCCCGCUGGGCGCGUGCGCGGCGCUGGUGGCGGCGCUGGACGCGCUGCUGCGCGGCGCGGCGCUGCUGCUGCACCAGCUCGACGACGUGCUGCCGCUGCUGCGCGCCGCCACCGCCGCGCUGCGCGUGCCCGCCGCCGCGCAGCACAAGAGCAUCCUGGAACCGAUAACCAAGAUCAUAAGCUAUGGAGUACAAAACUUUGUGCUGAAACUAUCAGUGAUCUCAGAACUGAGCGUCGUAUGUACGCGAGUGUUCAGUCGCGACAGAGACAAGCUCCUGGUCUGCAGGGUACUGGUGUACGAGCUCGUGCAGGCACUCAGGACCAAGACUACUAUACCUGAUGACAACCUGUUUAUUCUUAUACAGUUUGUACUGCAAGGCCACGGCUGCCGCCUAGUCCUUCCUCCCCAGCUAUCAGGCGGGGAACUUGCCAGCACUUGUAUGGACGCCCGGGAGAUAGCGGCCGGGGCCGUGGACUGUAUGCGACCACAUCUACCUGAUAUGAUAGACCUGCUGCAGGAUCCGCAUCUGUUAAAUAAGAUCAAGGGUUCAGUCUCCAAGUCAAUCGUUAACCGCAACUUAAUUUGCCUGAAUGAAGACACAUUAGGCGCUAUAGUGAAGGGUGGUAUAGCUCAGUACGUGGCGAUGGAACUGGCACUGGAACACAGUCGCGGACGACAGGACCGUGCGCAGCCUGCCAGGCAUAUGACGCCUUGGAUUAGUACCUCGCUGCCUGGUUGCCGCGAGGUGUGCGAGUGCGUGUCCCGCGUGCGCGUGGUGUCGUGGCUGGUCAUGGGCGCGCUCUGCAACGCCGCGCAGCCCGGCCCCGGCCCGCCCGGCCCCGGCUCCCACCCGGCCCACCCGGCCCACCCGGCCCACCCGCACGCCAUGCAGCCCGUGCCGCAGGACGCCACGUGCCACAUCACCGACUACAUACAGACGAUAAUGUCGUCGUACGUGGAGGCGGGGCGCGGCGCGGGCGGGGCGCGGCUGGCGGGGCUGCUGCACGCCUUCGUGCUGUGCCAGCUGUGGACGCUGUACCUGGAGCACCUGGCCGCGGCCGCGCCGCCCGCCAGCGAGCCGCACUACACCACCACCUGUCUGCUGCUGGACUUCUGGUGCAAGCUGGUGCCCAGCAUACUGCAGGUCACCGUGCAGUCGAAAGUGCUGGCAGAGACAGUGAACCUCCACUUCCUAAGUCUACUGGAGUCUCUGCUCGAGUGUAACUCCACCGUGCUGAAUAAACUGCUCCCUCUAUGGAGUCCUAUUCUACACUCACCAUUAUUCAAUGUCACAGCUGAUCUGAAACCCUCAGGAUGUCUUGAGGGAUUACUGAUACCUUAA